CCAGAUGCUGUGGGUCCGUAACAUGUAUGGACCAGGGGCAGCCAGAUGCAGGCCAGGGCCCAGCGGGAGGGAGUCGGGACUCCUUAUCUUCUCAGUUCUCUUCUUCCUGCUGUUCCCACUGGUGCAUGGAGAAUCCCAAACCGCCCCAGGCAACGUGCUGGUGGUGAGAAAGGAGAUGUGGCGACUCUGUGGCAGCGUGGCCCUGGACCCCAAGAACCCCAAGUGGAGCUGCUGCAGAGACGUGUACCCCUUCCACCGCCCCACUCAGAGGUGCUGCCAGACCUCAGGGGUAUUCGUCAUCCCCAAGGACUGCGGCAAGUCAGAGGCUGAAGACUGUAGGACAUACACCCAGCGGACCCCAGGCAUUCAUCUAAAUUCUAAGGGACCUCAGGAGAUUUGCAAGGAGGGGGGCAGUGGCCAGGGGCAGGUGCACCCAGGCUAACCCCUGAACCUGUCUCCAGGCCCCCUUUUCCUGCCCUGCAGUGUGGCUCAGUGGUUGUGCGCGGACCUCUGAACCAGGAGGGCACACGCCU